ACCACCGCCACCACCCCACCACCACCGCCACCACACCACCGCCACCACCUCGUCUUCAAAGAUCCUCCUAAUGCUGCAUUCUUCUCCAGCACACAGUUGGGUAAUUUUCAUCCCCAACCAUGGGUACCCAACAGGAAAUACUUGCAGUUUGGAUGCGUGCUCGAGAAGUACAACACGCAUGCUAGUCGCCGCGCGUUGCAGACUCAACGAAACGUCCGACUCCAGCCCAGAUCGGAGUUCACAGCUCGUCCUCUUGCCAACAGCCUGUCCAUACUGCCUGCAGCGUUUCGUUGGACCAGUGGAGCCAUCAGCGACAAGUUCAUGACUUUCGCAGAGGCCCAAACUUACUGCCACGAAAUCGGCUCUCCCUACUCACGAAAUGGCGACGCCGGACUUGCCAUCUUGCGUUCAGAUGCUGACCAACUGUUUGCCGCUAGCCUGCUGUCUCAUCUCCCCAACUUACCUGAGACUCCCACCGCGGAAGGGAGCGUUUCCCCAGAAAACUCCCGCCUCGAGGCAAUCUGGCGUCGGUACCACUGGAUCGGUCUCUUCAACUAUCGGCACGCUUACCACGCGGUGAACGAACGAUUCCCCUGCUACAUAGCGCAUGAGCUUAUCCGGGUGCCAGCCACGGACGAGUCGCCGGUGUGCAUAUCCAUAAUGGGGGUGCCUGAGGGUGACCACUUCGGGACGCUCUCCUCCGACGUCGGUUGCAACAAACGGCUGCCGUUCGUGUGCUCUUUCCAACCACCAGAAAAUAUGCUUCUGAGUGUGGCGACCGCUCCAUCAACCUGUCCCCGCGGCUUCGCCGCUCAUCAUUCCGCAACUGGUGACCACUGUUACAAGUUCAUACGGGGCUGGACGGGGUCGUACGAGGAGGCGGCUAAGAAGUGCGCGUCCGCAGACCAGGGGGCCCACUUGGCCUCACUCAGCACGCCCUUCUCUGUGGCCUGGAUGCGCGCCCACCUUCCCUCCGACCACACCACCUCCGGCGUGCCACCAUGGGAGUCAACGCCGCAUUGGAUAGGCCUCAGGCUUAGCGGAAAAGCCGAGUCGACGUGGAGGUGGGCCAAUGGGCUGCCGGUGACCCACACCCGCUGGUCGGCGCAGCCAAGCAACCUCACUGACUCAUCCACGGAAACCUGCUUUGCUUUUGCCAAGUCAAUCUCACUGACGAGCUAUGAGCUGGAUAUGGUAGUUGCCGACUGUUCCAGACAGCUGUCGCCUCUGUGUGAGACAGAACCGUCAGCAUUUGCGGGUGGACGCCAACGUGUUCCCGACACGGAACCUCCUGUUGAAUGCUCUCAAACACCUGAUCAACGGGACUACGCGGGAUUCUUAGCUGAAACUGCCACAGGAAAACCAUGCAUUCGAUGGGACCUCGUGUCGCCAACUGACAGUAACGAAUUUUCAUCUCUCGCGGAGGCAUUUCGUUUGGCCACGCUCAAGAUCGUUGCUCAGACACUGGCCGAGAAUUCAAGUCAGACGCCCUCCCAGAACCUCUACUCGCCAGCCUUUCAACCGACUUUUUCCGCCGCCUCGAACUGGUGUCGUAACCCCAGCGGCCUUCGUGACCGCGCAUUCUGCUACGUGGAUCCCUUCAACUGGGAUUACUGUGAGGUUCCCUCGUGUCCGCGUGCCAUCUCCGGUAGACCAGCCUUCCCCUACGUCUUCCUGACUCUCUCUCUGACAGCCCUUUUCCUCGGAAUCAUCAUUUACGUCUAUCGGAAGGGGAGUGGGGACAGGAGGUCGCCUUUCCUCAAUCGACUGUCGACGAUCGCCAUGGCGUGGAGGAAGAGAACGUCCAGUGAACCCUGUCUUCUUGCAGACAACGUCACCUUCAGCAGUGGUCUGGCUUCAGGCGAUGCAACCCAACAGAUUGUUUGA